UCCGCUCGACAGGUUAUCACGGGACGCGCGACCGUCAGCAUCUCCGGACCUCAUCUCGAUUCUCAUUCUGUCCUGCACCAUGUGUUUCACUCGUCUGCUUAAUUAUCAUCCGCAUUACCAUCAUUACAUGUUUAAUUCACUCAAUAUUAAUAACAGUAAUAAUAAUUAAUAGCGUAAACGUAUAAAUUAUCUGAAACGCGUGUGAAGGUGAUUUUUAGAAAAAAAAUAUAUAAAAAAUUAGAAUAUAUAAUUCAUGAGUUUAAUUAAAAUAAAAUUUAAAAAAUCGUAUAUUCAAUAAAUAUAAUGUGAGUAUGAGAGAAUUUAAAAAAAGAUAAGCUGAUAUCGUUGACGUGAAAAUGAACGCAUUGGAUCGAGAGUGAAAUUGUUUAUUGGAGCGAUAAUAAUCGAACAAUCACCCGCACUCAAUACCUUACUCUUUUUUUUAUUAUAUAUAGAUAUACAUACAUAUAUAUAUAUAUAUAUACAGAGUGUAUUGUUACCACGUGACAGUAAGUUGACCGUGUGGUUGUGCUGUAGUCAGUGAUAUCCGGAGGCAAGCGUCUUGAGUUCUGAUAUCGCGAUGGGAGGAUGAGAGGAUGCAAAGCAGUACCGCGGAUGCGGUGUCAUGUGUCGUGGCCAAGGACUGUGCCACUAAUUUAUUACUCCCGCUAUUAGGUUACUCGUCUACGUAUAACGUCUACCACAACCUCGGUUUAUGUUUGCGUGCAUGCAUGUGUGCGUUGCAAGUCAAAGUGUCUACUCUACUCUACUCUACCACACUCUGCUUUCCUCUCUUAUACUUUAGCCCGCAGCCUAUAGCCCAGUCUAGUCGGGUCUAGUCUAGCCUAUUACGCUCUUGUCUACUCAAUUCUGCUCUGUACAUACGAUAGCUGGAUAAAUUAACACACCAAGAUAGGACGUAGAGUGAGCGAGAUACGGCUUGAAGAUAACGUGCCAUCGGUUGGAUUAUAAGGCGGGAGAAAAACGGAAGGAAAAUUCCGGGCAUGUGUGCGUGCUUAGAUGGAUCGCAAUCUAUGUAAUAACCAGUCUAUCAAGAAAUGCGAUUCAAAAGGAUGACAAUGAAAUCUCAAGAUCCGCGACAACUACGAUAGAGAUUUAAAAUAUUCAUAUGACCAGAAUUCAGAUCUCUUCAUCGCCUUUGAAGCGACGCAGAGACACGAUGUUACGCGUUUUGGGAGUUCGACUGUUGUCGAGGCUUCUCGUCCUCGUAUGCUCGCUAUCUCUAUUGUCACUGCUGUUCCUCAAUCGAUGUGGCUUCAAUAACUUGGACACUGACCUCAUUGACACUGCUGAUCCAAUAACUCCCGCGAGUUUACUUGAGGCAAACCAACGUGAAGAAGAAACGAGACUCGAAAUCGAGAGACUCACAGCUGAAAUUCGCAGUCUCAAAUUGCAGAUACUUCAGUUAACAGGUGGACCAGUCGGACACGGGGAAACUCUCGCGGGAUUGAAUUCGACCGAAAUCGGCGACUGUUUGGCAGCGAGGCGUCAGGUCGAAUUCGCGGAAAUAACUCAAGGCCUACCGCUGAAUAACGAGUACGAGCUGAUAGCCUUCAGCCAUUUUACGUACUCGCGUCUAUACCCCGUGGAUCUGGGACUGGGAAAACGCGUCGUGGAGAAACCGAUUGGGUUCAAGAGAAAAGACUUGCUGGAGGCGCUAGCCAAGGCAGUAGAUACGCUCAAUAAAAAUGUGUCUUCCAUUGCGAGCAAGUAUACCCAAGAGGAUUUUCUUGAGGGUCUGUAUCGGGUUGAACCGACGACCGGUACCCAGUACGAAAUGUACUUCAGAUCUAAAACCCUCAACAAAAGCUCUCAAGUUUCGACCCAAACAAAUACAAAUUCCGGGUACACGAAGAUCGUUAUGAUGAGACCUUAUGCUCCGAUUCACUUUGUGUCUCUCCAAAGGCAACAGAAUGCCCGAGAGAAAGAGCUUAUUCACAUAAUACUUCCAUUGUCUGGACGAACUGGUACUUUUCAGAGCUUUAUGGAUAAGUUUGUGAAAAUUGGCUUGAAAAACGAUCGCAGAGUCCACCUUACGGUCGUCUAUUUCGGCACCGAGGGUCUCUCCGAGGCGAGGUCCAUAAUGUCGAGGGUGCUGAUGACACGUGGCACCGGUGGCACCAAUCAGAAUUUACGGCUGCUUGCCUUGAAUGAAACUUUCUCGAGGGGCAAAGGACUCAGAGUUGGGGCCGAAAGAGCUUGGACUGGUGAUAAUGAUGUCUUGCUGUUUAUGUGUGAUGUCGAUGUUGUAUUUAGUGCAAGAUUUCUUGAUAGGUGUCGGUGGAAUACAGCCCCCGGGCGCAAGGUCUAUUAUCCCAUUGUCUUCAGUUUGUACAAUCCUCACGUUGUCUACACGCUCCAGGGCCGCGAGGUACCACCCGAGAGAGAUCAACUCGUGAUAUCCAGGGACACGGGUUUCUGGCGAGACUUUGGAUACGGCAUGACCUGUCAGUACAGGUCAGAUUUUCUCCGAGUUCGGGGAUUUGACGAAGACAUCGUGGGAUGGGGUGGUGAAGACGUAACUCUCUAUCGCAAAUACGUCAGGAGUAACAUUAAAGUUGUAAGAGCAACAGAUCCUGGAAUUUUCCACAUAUGGCAUCCAAAGGUUUGCUCAGGUGGUCCGGGACAAAAGUUAUCGACAGAUCAAUAUCGCGCGUGCAUACGCUCGCGGGCGUUGAACGAGGCCUCCCACGCACAAUUGGGCUUCCUGGCGUUUCGCGACGACAUCGCGAGCCAGGCGAUGAAUCUCAAGGCGACUCAGACCAAGAAGAAGAAGAAAAAAGUUGGUCCUGCGCAACCGCUGCCCAAGAAAGACAAAGUCAGGCUGCCCGGGUCCCGGCCCAAGGACGAACAAGUGAAAGAAAAAUUACCCAGCCAAGACAAACCGGCUAAUCAGACCUGAUAUGAUCAGUUGGUGUCUUAAUUCCUGUAAAUAUCGUGUAUAAAUUUAAUGAAAGUAUUGAAAUGUACUGAUCGAUUCUUAAGAUUAAAAUUUUUAAUCUGUGUGGAAGAUUAUUAUUAAUUAUUAAUUAGUCAUAAGAUUUAUUAAUUUAUUAAUUAAUUAAUUAAUAAUGAAUUUUUAAAAUGUGAUUCUCUCCCGUCCGAUAUUUGUAUUGGGAGAAUUUAUUUAUCGAGAAAAUUUUAUUCCCUGUUAUGAAUAAUUUAUUUUUUUUAAAUACUGGACUUACUUAUUAUUCAUUAUUUUUUUUUUUGUAAAUUCAUAAUUAAGAUUUAUUGUUGUUACAAUUUAUUUAAAUAAAAUAAGUGUCGUUAUGUAUUUGUAAAAUGUGAUUUGUUAAAUACUAAGUUAUUUAUAUAAAUAUAAUUAUAAAUAUAAAUAUAUAAAUAUAUAUAUAUAUAUAUAAUAAAUAAAUAAAUAAAUAAAUAAAUGAAUAAAUCAGAAUUUGUACAGACGAAUAAACGUUCAUCCACUCAAUGUCAAUUAGAUUGCACAAAUAUCACAGGAAUAAUUGCGCAGAAUUUUAAUUUCGUAAUAUAAUUUAUGGGAUUUUUUAUGUGUAUGUGUACGUGAUAAUUCACGUGUGACAAAAAUGAAAAUAAAACAGAAAAAUUGUGAACGCUGAAAAUAAUUCGAAAUAAAAAUUUUUUUCUCUACAAAAACAACAUUUU